AGAUUCGAAUUAAUUGUUAGGCGUCCAAACACAGUAAUAAUGCAUACACUCCUACCUACCAUACGGAGGAUUAAUUCGUAACUAAAACAACAGAUGCUGCACUUCUAUUUUUAAAUUGUUGGGUGGGGGCCAGAAAUUAAGAAUAAGACUCCCCAGCUCGCCCUGCCAAUAUCUGCAUAUGCUGAUGGGCAGCACAACCCACACACAUGGACUCUGCACUGCACUGCACAUUUAAAAGAAACCUUCCCAAACCACAACUCGACUCAAUUCACAAAUAGCAGACGCAUGCUCUCUGUGCUGCUUUCCUUUCCCGUGAUUCCCUCUCCACCACCACACAGCCCAAAAAAACAAAAAACUCUUAUCCCUCUCUCUCUCUCUCCAGCGGCUCUUCAAUUUUCCGAUCAAUCAAUCAAUCAUAAAAGUGUUUCCGAAGCUGAUAUUUUGAAGAAACUCAUAUCUCUUCUUGCCAGCAGGUCCAUGGAAUAUGUUGCGUGCGUUGUGUUUGCAUAGGUGAAUCAAAACUCAACCGAUCAUUCCUAUUUCUAUCGGCGUUGGAAAUACACGUCUACCUACCUCGAUGGCGUCAACGGCGGUGUCCAAUCCGGCAGUAAAUAACUCCGACAGAUCACUUCUGAGGAGAAAAAAGAAGAAGAAAAUUCCGAAUCAGAACCAAAACCUCAGAAAUCAAGCUCAAGCCGCUCAAACUGAAUGGAAAUCAGAUACUCAACAGCAAGCUUACUCUUCCAAGCUUCUCCAAGCUCUCCGCCGAGUCCGAAUCACCGGCGGCGCUGCUCCGAAGGGCGGCAGAGCAGUGCGGGAAGCUGCGGAUAGAGUGCUGGCGGUGGCGGCGAAAGGUCGGACGCGAUGGAGCAGAGCGAUUCUGACCAACAGGAUAAAGCUGAAAUUUAUGAAGAAUAGCGCCAGUCACAAGAGGCAGAGAGUGACGGUGACCACCGGGAACAGCCGGAGGCAGAAGAAGCCGAGAGUGUCGAUAUUGAGGUUGAAGACGAAGAACUUACCGGCGUUUCAGAGGAAGGCGAGUGUUCUCGGCCGGUUAGUUCCCGGUUGCAGGAAGCAGCCUCUGCCGGUAAUUUUGGAAGAGGCGACCGAUUAUAUAGCAGCUCUGGAGAUGCAAGUUCGGGCCAUGACUGCCUUGACUCAAUUGCUUUCUGGAGCCUCCUCCUCCUCCUCUUCUUCUUCUGCUUCUUCUUCCUCUUCCAGCUCUGUUAAUGCUCUUAAUCAGCUCGGCUCAAGCCGGCAUCCUCCGGCUAGCUGAUAGCAUUAUUAAUUCUCGUUCUUUUUUAUUUUAAUUUUUCCUUUUCAGUUUCUCUUCUCCCUGUCUCCAUCGCUUAUGAAUAUUCGCCUGUCAAAUACUAGUACUGCUCCAACAACUAAUUGUCUAAUAUUCAGUACAUUCUUCUCUUUUUUUUUCUUUUUC